UGUCAAUAAGGGGGUGUGGUAAACGGUGUCGCGGGGCGAGGCUUGUCCGUGGUGCUACACGGUGUGGGCGGGGCCUGCUGUGAUGGGGCGGGGCGCUGGCGGAGGUGAGCUGAGUUCCGGGCUGGUUCUACCUUGUCCGGACUACACAGGAGCAGCCGUCAGGAUGCAGCCUCCUCCCAGGAAAGUGAAAGUUACACAGGAGGUGAAGGUCCGAUUUGUGGAGCAGCUAUCGAGUCUGCAGAACAAGCAGCAGCAAGACACCGAACUCCUAGAAGACAUCAGGCGGUGAUCUCUGCGGCAUUAUUGGAACACUAGACGGUGUAGUUUAGGAUUAAAGACGAUGAGACUCUGAGGACAGGAGAUCCCAUAAGCUCCUGACUGCGCUGGUCUGACGCUGCACCAGGCCCUGCUUUAAGGUAGAUUAGAUCGCCCAUCACCCAGGAGUCUAUGAUGGUGUCAGUAACGUCAAGGUCCUUCUGCAAGCAGCGUGCAGCCAUUGAAAAGGAGUAUGGUCAGGCUUUACAGAGGCUGGCGAGUCAAUACCUUAAGAGAGACUGGCAUCGUGGCAAGAAUGAAUCCAGCGAAUGCAGGUAGGAGUGUGUUUUCUGUGUGGAAAUCUAUGAUGGAGGGAACAGCAUUUAUAGGACAAACCCGAGUCACAGCUGCAGAGAAUUAUAGAAACUUGACAACGGAAACAGCCAAAACGGCCAGAGUCGCAAAGGAACAGCUCUUGAAAAAAAGCAUAGAGCAGCUCCUGAAGGUUCAGAAUGAAUUACUGGACACGGUGAAAGAAGUCAGCAAAACCAAGAAGCGUUACGUCCACAUGGAACGUGUCAGUGAAGUGGCGAAAGAGAAGGCCGCGGACGCCGAGGCCAGGUUAAAGAAGAGCGACCAUGGUAUCUUUCACUCCAAAGCGAGUCUGCAGAAGCUCAGUGCCAAGUUCUCAGCCCAGUUGUCGGAUUGCACGCAGCAGCUGGCAGAGGCCCGGAAUGAAUACCUUUUUGCCCUAUCUGCUGCCAAUGCCCAUCUCAAUCUUUACUACCUGUCUCACCUGCCCAACAUCAUGAAGGUACUGGACGGAGAUCUUUACGAGCGGCUGAGAGAUUAUCUUUUACUGAUCAAUAAGACUGAACUCAAUACCUGCCGAUCCACACAAGAACGAAUCCGAGACACCCUGGAGGCGUCUCUUCAGGUUUCCCGGCAGCAGAACCUACUGCUCUUCUUGAAAGAUACCAAUGUAUUUAACAUGACACCCAUUCAGCAAUUCCAGCCUGUGGGGGCGGACAAGAUCCUAAAGCUAGUGACCCUUGUUAAAGCACCAGAUGAAAUGAAUGUCUUGGAUAAGGAGGCACGAAGAUGGACGAGCAGAUCUGCCAGAGAUUAUAAACUGAAGACUCAUGGAGAAAGGGUCCUUCAAAGAUUGGAAGACAGACGGAAGACUGCCUCUGAGGAGGAGGUCCUCAGUGUUGUCCAGAAGAUGGAAGAAGUAAAAGAAAGCGUGCGAAAAGCUGAGGUCAGCAAGGUAAAAGCCGACGCUCGCGUAGAGCUGCUGCGCCAGGUGGGGGUGGAUGUAGACACCUGGCUAUCUGGUGCCAUGACACAAGCCAAUGAAGAACUAGAACAAGAGAGGCGUCUGAGCGAGGCCCGUAUGUCUAAUGGAGAGCUGUCUCCCUCUAUGGAAGACUUUGAUUUCUCAGAGUUUGAAGAUAUGGACGAUAGCGGUGAAAUAUUUGAAGAAUCCCCUCUUAGCCUGAGCGGCAACCGCUCGUACCCCACACCUUGUCACGUGCUAUAUAACUAUAAGGGAGCCCAGGCGGAUGAACUGACCAUCACUCAAGGGGAAAGACUGGAGGUCAUAGAGGACGGCGAUGUGGAGGAGUGGGUGAAGGCUCGGAACAAAAAUGGACAAGUUGGUUAUGUCCCAGAAAAGUACAUUACUUACAUUAACCAGAGGGUUGCGGAAUCUUUCGGUGCUGGUCACAUGGAAGGGCUUUCUGGAGCACAGUCCCUCUCUGGGAUUCUGGAGCUGGAUCGUUCUGAUGCUGGCGUGUCUCUUGCUAGAGCUCUUUAUGACUACGAAGGUCAGAGUGAAGAAGAGCUCACGUUUCCUGAAGGAGCCAUUAUCCAAAUUAUUCGUAGGGAAGAAGGCGGCAUCGAUGAUGGCUUUUGGAAAGGAGAAUUCAAUGGCCGGGUUGGAGUCUUUCCCUCACUUGUCGUUGAAGAAUUAACUGGAGAUGAUCCAGACUCUCAGGAGGACCUCCCGUCCCCAGCACCACCUCCAUUCCUACCCCCCAUGCUUUCUCCACUGUCUAACCAAAGACUGUCAGCCAGCGAUGCAGACUCCAGACAGAACGGUUCAGGGAGCGCUCACAGCUCUCCAGACUUUGCAGCGACACGCUUGAGACCAAUGCGGGCAGCGCCUCCACCUCCGACAAAAGGAACCGAGAGUACGUCAUCUGAUCACUGAUCCCCAGAGGAAGGCAGCUGCUGCAUGUUUUAUUAACCCCUGCUGGACAGGCACGCAGCUCUCGUUCAGAAGAUGCUGGUGCGAUGCAGUCUUGUGCAGCCAUUCAGACUCGGAAAGAACCUUCUUGAGAUUACCAAAGAGACUGACAUUUCCUUAAAGAGACAGUAUUCCAUGAGAUGUGGCCCUAUGUUAAUAUUUAAUGGAUUGCUGUAAAGAACUUUCUUUUUAAAAUGCAAUCUUUGCACUUUUAGUAUAUUGUAAGGGAUUGUAUUACAUAUGUUAAUAUAAAAUUAUAUUGUUCUUCAAGGGCUUUGUGUAAAGACAGAUAUAGAGUAAAAUAAAGCUGCUUCAUGGGACAGCAAUAAUCUUUGAUGCCGUUUUCUAUUGAUUUUUGGUCAUUUCUUUAUUCAUGGAAACUGAGUCAUUUCCUUAAUAUAUAAUGGGGCAGAUUUAUCAAAACCUGUGCAGAGGAAAAGUUGCCCAUAGCAACCAAUCACUUCUUCCUUCUUUCAUUUUUAACCCC